UGAACGUGUGGAGUUCUGUCACCUUUGGCUUUGCUAGCCGUAGGUGUCCCGUCCUCACAAAACAAUGGAGAAAUGUUGUGUUCAAAAGAUGCAUGAGUUCACCUUGUUUAAAAAGAAACAGUGGAAAAGUUUUGUUUACAGACAAAUUAAACAGUUUGACAUACUUCCCUAGUCGCUGUUAUCCAUCGUCAGAAUACCCUGAGACAUUUGAUCCUUACAAGAAGAAAAAGCCAGAGUUUGAUCCAAAUAUUGCAAAGAGGAAAUUUAAAACCAUAUAUUUCUUUAAACCAAUUAAAGUGGCAAAAAUUUUGUCAAUGUUAAAGAUCUACCAGACUGGAAUUACAUUUGCCUUGGUUCCGUACUCAUUAUUUAUGUUUCAUUCUCAACUUGCUGAUUUUAAUGUGAUUGCUGCAUGUGUUGGACUUUCAAUAUCUGCUACAGUUUCUUUGUAUUUUAUCAGUAUGUAUAUACAAAAUAUUACAGGAAUCAUUGGUGUUAACGAGGAUAUGACCAGAGUUAUGAUUUCACAUUUGAAUUUCUGGGGCAAACGUGAGGAUCAAAUUUUCAAGCGAGAGGAGAUUGUUCCAUUCUCAGACAGUGGAGAAGAUGUGAAAACUGACAUUUAUAAAUUAAUAACAUUUUUUUCAAAUGACCAGAAGUUUUAUCUUUUUGUGAACAGAGGUGAAGUGGUAGAUAGAGAAAAGUUUGAAGAUAUUUUUGGAAAUUUGAUAUAAAUAAAUGUAUUAAUUUUAUGUUCAA